AUGACGACACCAAUUGAUGUAGUACAUUUUAAAUUUCAGAUUCGUAGGAAAAGAGCGAUUCUACUAUUUGUCGGGUCAAGUAUACUAAUUCUACCAACGUUUUAUCUAAUAUAUAAACAUGCAAACUCGGCACUGCUAUCCUUUGCUGACGACCUUCAAAAUAAAGACGACCGUAGUGCGUACGUGAAAGAAAUUUACAGCAAAAACGAAAAAGUAAACAGAGAAUCUCCCGAUAAAGAUUACGGCGAAUCGUUAUGGAAUCAGAAGAAAAGAGGUUACGAGAUCCCUUUGAAUCAAGACGUGCCUCUUUCUCACGACAACCACAGUACUUACUACAUGCACGCCGAUGGAACAUUGGGGUUGGAUUUUCAUUGCGGGACGUGUGCAUAUAUCCCGAGCUCCGGUCGACUGAUUGGAACCGGCGUGGGUGCAGAGAUAGACAGAAAUGACUGUGUAAUACGCAUGAAUGUGGCUCCUGUGAAAACUUUUGAGGAAGACUACGGCUAUAAAACAACCAUCCGUGUGUUGUGUUUUAUGUCAGCGCCGGGCAUGAUAAAAGAUGACGUCAUGACAGGACGGUCUGCACCAGAACGGAUGAUAUUUUGGGGAGUACACCCCCUAAAACAACCCAGGGCAUACAGAAUAACAUUAGAGGCGAUGAAAACAUAUCCUGAUAUUAAAUAUUAUUUUUUCCGACCUGAAACGGAAGGAUGGGCCGGAGAACUGUUUGAAAGUGAGACGGGAGUAACUAGACUUGGUAGUAAUUCGUGGCUGUCCACUGGUUGGUUUGCUAUGAUCAUGGCAUUUGAUAUAUGUGACGAGAUAAACGUGUAUGGCAUGAUCCAUGACGACUAUUGUGGGCAGCAUCCCAACGACACGGCACCGUUCCACUACUACGGCAUCUACCUGAACAAGACCGAAUGUGGAUAUUAUGAGAAGUCGGAGAAAAUGCUCAAAGGAGGUCAUAGGUUUAUAACCGAGAAAGCAGUGUUCGGAAAAUGGGCUACUGAGCAUAAUGUCAAUUUUUACUAUCCAUCCUGGGACGAUUAUCGGUUUAAUAAGACUAUGGAUACGCCGUUUGUUAUGAGAGAUAGGUCUGGUUUCACGUAA